CGCCACCGUGGCGGCGUAGCGGGAGGCCGCUAGCCCCGAUUGAUUUGGCGGACCGCUGCGCGUCCGCAAAGAUAGCGGAAGCGAUCGCGACCCCCGCUGCCGCGAUUUUGUAGGCCAAAACCUACUGCAGGGUGGGAUGGCGUACGUGCUUGCGGACCCGGUGCGGACAGCCUCAAGGUCAGAUCGACCUCGGCUCGGGAUUCUAUCGAACUCCAGCUUGAGGCGGCAGGCUCGCUCGAGCUCGGCUCAUUGACAGCCCUCCCCCUUAGGCUUCCCUUCUCUCUGGCUCUCUCCUCCCUUGGUCUUCCUUCCCUGGCGGCGCCGACUGGGCGAGCAGCAGUGCCAUUCGUCAUCACGUCUUCGUCCAGCCCUUUGCCGGCGACGAGCAUCCACCAGGAAAGCACCUCAUUCUCAAAUGAAGCAUAUAUCCAAGAUUGUUGCUAUACUGGUAGCAAUCUCAGCCAUCUGGGUUGCACUCCUUGAAACCUCAACUGUUCCUCGAAGUUAUACUUGGCUGCUUCCAGUCUACUUGGUAGUGGCUCUUGGAUGCUACGGCCUUUUUAUGGUUGGAUUUGGACUUAUGUUCUUCCCAACUUGCCCUCAAGAAGCUAUACUACUGCAACAGGAUAUUGUGGAGGCAAAGGAAUUCUUAGCAAAGAAGGGUGUUGAUGUGGGCUCCGAGUGAGGCCAAUUUCAGCAUUCAACAUUCAUGAUCGUUUUGAAGGAUCACCAUUCUGUUCCUUGGAAUAGACUACUUUUUGGAUACUGUAGCUAGAAAAUAUAUCAUUUCACUAUGUUCUGAACUAUUACUAACACAGUUUUAGUGAGUUGACAUGUUACACUUUGUCAAAGAAUGGAGACAUAUUGAGGUGGUGUUUUUAAGUUUCAAAAAGUGCAUUGCUGUUCUAGGGAUAUUUGCUUCGCACCUCGAUUUUGUAUUGUAUCAAUUACGGCAUGCGGUAUCACCUUA